UUUUUUUUUUGUACCUCUUUCUUUUUUAACAUCAUUACAUUAUGGACUAUUUACAAUUACUAAAGAAUGGUGAACGAAUUACGUUAGAUAUACCAACUUAUGCUAUCACUUUUGCCAUGCCUGCUGGUGCUUUGGCAUUACUGGUUGUUAUGCCUUCAUUACCUGGUGUUGUCAAACAGAUUCUUGCCAUUCCUCUUUUAAUCGCAAACCUCUUAUAUCCCAUGUUAUUUACAAGUCAUCCUAUGCUUGACCUUGUCGGUAGUCCUUUUAAUUUUACAGUCAAUCUCCGGUUCCUGGAAUUAUUGUAUGUUGGUCCUUGGUUACAAAAUCGACCUGUUUAUACCACGAUUUAUAGUCUUUGGGUUGAUUUUUGGUCUUGCCUUCGUACUUUUCCUAAACCUGCUAAAGAAACUACAAAAGAUAUUAAGAAAGGUGAAAUCAAAGUUUACAAAAAGGAUAAGAAAUUCUAUCAUAUUCUUGUACGAUUGAUGUUUUGUCUUGUAUGCGUGGAUAUACUGGGAGCUUGGUUUGCUACUUAUUCUAUGUACGAUAUCAUCGCUUUACAACAAGAUCGACCUGUAUUCUUCUUCAUCUUCUUCCUCUUGGCUGGUUUAUUCAUCACUGCUGGAUUCAACGCGGGUGGUUAUGGUCUACAUUUAUUCUAUUGUAUUGUUGUUGAAAAUGGAUCCUAUUCUUCAGAACAAUAUCGUAUCUUAAUGGAUCAUCCUAUUCUAUCACCUUCUUUGGAUGAAGUUUGGUCUUACCGAUGGCAUCAAUUAUUUAAAAGCUCCUGGUUAGCCUUUCCAUUCCGUCCUACCCGUUUAUUGACUCAACGUAUAUUGGCUAAACGAACCAAAAAUUAUGUGGGUGUUUCUAUUUUGAUGGCAUCCAUCUCUGUGUUUAUAAUUUCUGGAUUGAUGCAUGAAUAUAUGAUUCUCUGUAAUGUUGGCUGGCCUGUCUAUCGGGAUGUCUUUGUUGGUCAACAAACAUUCUUCUUUACUAUUCAUGGUAUUGGUGUUAUUUUUGAACGUGUGGUACGUACCAUUGCCAAGAACACUUUGCCUUCUUCUAUCUACAACUCAAUGGCCAUUCGUGUAUUACAACAUAUCUGGGUCUUGACUUUUGGUGUAGCUUUCUUUACCUACUUUAUGGAAGGUUUUUCUUACUGGGGAGUGUACAAUGGCCAACCUUUCCAAUUCUCAAGACCCAUCAUCUAUCAAUAUGUCAAAUCACAUCCUGCUCUCCAACCUUACUUUGGAAGUGUUUAUUAAAAAAAAUUAAUCUUUUGAUCAGUUAGACAUUUCUCCUCCAUUUCUCUAUUUCUUUCAUCCAUUUUUUUCCCCUUAUAUAUCAUGAUUUUAUUUUUAUUUAUAUUAUUAUCCUCAUUUACCACUAUUCUAGUUUCCUUUUUUUAACCAUCUGAUUAAUUUAAAUAAAGACUCAUAC